AUGGGAGUCAAUUGAUGAACAGAAGGAAAUUUGUAUAAAGACACAGAGAAAGAAAUCCGGAUGUCUAAUAUCUCUAAGAAAGGCAAAGGAAAGCCUAUGGAAAUCGAUGAUCUCAUUGCUCAGGAUUCUACUGAGUCUGAUAGUUCAACUCCUAAAGAGUCGAGAGUUGAAACAUUGAAGGACUACAACCUUGUUGAUUAUGUCCACCAUGGCAAUGCUCAACCUGAAACUAUUGUGGAAAAGACUAGAGUGGUGAAGCAAGGCAAGAAAAUCAGAAAAUAUAACUACAAAACUAUUGAGAUCUCAGCAGAAGAUCUUCAGUACACCUUAGCCAAGAUCAGGGAUGUUCUCGAACAAGCUGGUGAAUUCAACUACGAGAAACUUAUUUCUGAGGAAUUUCGUAUGGGGAAAAAAGGCAAUAAAAGACCACGCAGCCCAAACAGAGCCAUCGGACUGGACAAGAACACCCCUAGAGAGAUGUACGACACCUGAAUCAUGGUAGACGGUAGCAAGUAUAAGGGCCAGUUCCUGAAAGGAGGCAUUAUUAAGGACGGAAUCGGUCAAAUGAUUUACCCUGAUGGCUCUCUUUUUGAAGGAUUAUUCAAAAAUGAUGAUACUGUUAAGGGAAGAUAUAUUUUUACCAACGGUACUGUUUACACUGGCGAGAUGAAGAACCAUAUGAUGCAUGGUAAAGGAGUCCUGAGAUAUGGAAAGAAGAUUAUUUAUGAAGGAAAGUUCGAGAAUGGAGAAAAAUGUAAUGAGCUUAAGGCUCUUCCGACUAAUUUAAAUAACGCUCUCACUAAUAAGACAGAGGAGGCCUCCGCGCCAGUAAAAUCUGUCCAGUGGGAUUUAGAAAAAUAUUAG